AUGCCCGACCAGGAGGAAAGCGGGCAAGUAGACCUUGGUUUCCUUUACAAAAUGUUGGACACUCGGGAUUCCUCGAAGAGAAGGGUUAAGCCAGCUGAUCCUGCUUUUCUCUGUAUUCCCAAGACAACACAUGACGACACGGAUUCCGACUACGAGCCUGAAGCUGAUCCUGAAAACCAAGUAGAAUCCGAAAAACCAUCAAAUAAAUCGAAUGAUGAUGACAAAAAGAAGCUACCAGAAGAAGAAGUUCCAACGCCAAAAAGCUCGAAAAACAAGAAGCGAGGAAAUGCUGCCAAAACACGAAAUAAUUCUAGCGACGCCGCAGCAACACCGAAGAAAAGGUCAAAAGCGACAAAAAAGCCCUCUCCAACGAAAAAGUCGCCAAGCCAGAAGUCGACGAGAAUGACAACGCGUUCAUCUUCUCGAAAAUCGUGA